AAACAAAAAGAANAGAAAAAUGGAUUUACUUACACAGAAGAAAAAUUUCAGUAAGUGUUUGAUGUUUCCUCCAGUCCAAAACAUAGCGUUCGAGAGUGGAUUACAGUUUCGAUUGGGUCGACGAGAGUGUAUUAGCACCAUUGGGCGGUGGUUCGGAAAAAAAAAAUCGACUCUCUCGACUCGAACAGAUUGAGGAUACACUAAAACGUACUUCAUUUGCCGAGGAGUUUUGGUUGGGCUAAUGCUGUAAGAAGAAAUGGAGAAGGAAGCAAAGAAGGAAGCUUUUAGAAAGUACCUUGAAUCUACUGGAGUUCUUGAUGGUCUGACAAAAGUUCUUGUUGCACUAUAUGAGCAGAACGACAAACCUUCUUCAGCUAUAGAGUUCAUCCAACAGAAACUAGGAGGUCCUUCCCUUGCUGAGUAUGAAAAAUUGCAAGCUGAGUUUUCAGAUUUACAGAUGAGAUACAAUGAAAUUGUGGCUGCGCACCAAGAAAAAUGUCAAGAGUAUGAGGAACUCAAAAACACACAUGUCCAAGUAUCAUCUUCACCAAAGGAGGAAGCCCCUGUUGAAGGAUUAUGAUUCUACUCAAAACUUAUCAUUGAAAACUGUAGUUUUCGAUUAUCUCUUCAAGGAUAUUAUAGAUUUUAGAAAUGUGAUUGCUGAUUAUGGCGAAGCUUGUUUCAUGAUGUAUUUCAUUUAUGUUAAUCACCCAUAUAUAGGCAAAACUGAUGAGUCUAAAUGCCACCCUUGAUUUCGAAUUAUAGGAGUUUGAGCGUAUUGUACCAUAACCCGACAUGAAUACAAAUGUUUUUGCCUGGUUAUUAUUACUCGAUUCAUAGGCAUGAUUGCAUCUUUGACGAGCAUUUCAUAUGAUGAUUAUUAAUUUUCAUAUGAUUGCAAUGAUAUGC